AACUAGCUUGGCGUCACAUCCGCCUGAUCCGCCACAGAAGGGGGGAGAUUUAAUUAUCAGGCAAGUGCAGUGGGAGUCCUCACAGAGAUCUUGACAGUAAAAAAAACUUUCAGCGAUUGAGCCCGAGUUGCGACUGUUGGAGCAGUCCGUGGGCAGAGCUCGAGCUCAAUGCAAGUCAAACCCAGUCAGCGUACUCACACAUUCAGCGACGCCCUGAAUCCGUGAGUGGCUCAGCCUCAUCAGUGAGAAUUCACCUCCGCAAAAGGAUUUUGGAGAGAGAACAAGAGAAAGCGGCGCACUACCCAACUCCUUUCGCCGGCAGCACCCCCACCAAACUUUUCACCAGUUUUGUGCUAAGUUGCUGAGCCUCGGCUCGCAGUGUGAGAAGAGGACGAUGAAGGCAGCUGUCGAGCAGCCGGCUCUGACUAUAAUUAAGACGGAGAAGGCUGAUGAUCUGGAAUGUGGGGACAUACCAUUACUGACUCCCAGCAGCAACAAGAUGAUGUCUCAAGCCCUCAAGGCCACAUUUAGUGAAUUUACCAGGGUGCAGCAGAGACUGGGAAUCCCGAAAGACCCUCGGCAAUGGCUGGAUGAGCAUGUGAGCCACUGGUUGGUCUGGGCUGUCAACGAAUUCAGCCUGAAGAAUGUAGACUUCCAUCAGUUCCAAAUGAAUGGAGCCAGCCUGUGUGCCUUGGGCAGGGACAGCUUUCUCGAACUGGCUCCCGACUUUGUCGGUGACAUCUUGUGGGAACAUCUUGAGCAGCUUCAGAAAGAAUGUCUGCAAGAAGACGUAAAGCCCUUUGUGGUGAAUGGAGUGGUUUCCAAUUACAAUGAUAACAGCCUCUUUUCUUCCUACCCCAUGGGUUAUGGCAUUGAGCAUGCCCAGUGUGUCCCUCCUUCUGAGUAUUCAGACCCAGGGUUUAUUACAGAGUCCUACCAAACUCUGCAUCCCAUCAGCUCGGAAGAACUGCUCUCACUAAAGUACGAGGCGGAUUAUCAGGCUGUGAUCAACCGUGACGCACCUGUGGACACACUGCAGUCUGAGUAUUACGUCAAGCAAGAGGUGGUGUCCCCAGAUAACAUGUGUGUGGGCCGGAUCAGUCGAGGUAAGCUUGGUGGUCAGGAUUCUUUUGAAAGCAUUGACAGCUUUGACAGCUGUGACCGUUUAGCACAGUCCUGGAGCAGCCAAAGCUCUUUCAACAGCCUCCAACGAGUGCCGUCCUAUGACAGCUUUGACUCAGAGGAUUAUUCUAGCAACCUGCCCAAUCAUAAGCCCAAAGGAACAUUCAAAGACUACGUGCGAGAACGAACCGAUUUAAACAAGGACAAGCCAGUGAUCCCUGCUGCUGCUCUGGCUGGAUACACAGGCAGUGGACCCAUCCAGUUGUGGCAAUUCCUGUUGGAGCUCCUGACUGACAAAUCAUGCCAGUCAUUUAUCAGUUGGACCGGCGAUGGCUGGGAAUUCAAACUGGCAGAUCCCGAUGAGGUUGCCAGGCGAUGGGGAAAAAGGAAGAAUAAGCCAAAGAUGAACUAUGAGAAGCUGAGCAGAGGCCUACGUUAUUACUAUGACAAGAACAUCAUUCACAAAACAGCAGGCAAGCGCUAUGUGUAUCGGUUUGUUUGUGACCUCCAAAGCCUGCUGGGUUACACACCAGAGGAGCUACAUGCCAUGCUGGAUGUUAAACCAGAUUCCGAUGAGUAACAAGCAGCCACUUAUAGGACCAAAUUCUAGGCUGUGCUCACAUACAGGACUUGUAUAUGAUUUGUUUGCUUAAGCUUCAUAUAGAAAGUCAAGAUUCAUCGCUUUGAAGACAAGCAUUGGACAUCGAUGCACAAUUCCUCAAAAGCAAACAAAACCAGUUGUUUCUUCUUUAAAAAAAAUAUUGUUUUUGGUUUUCUAAACUUUUUUCCUGCCUUACAAGUUGGACAGUACAAGGAUUGUAUUGACAUAAAGCAUUGUGGGAUAUGGAGCAGGCACACUUAGCACAAGAAACAUCGUUACCAGCAAUGGACAGCUGCGUGGUUGUUGGUGCCCAUGUCCAUUAAUGGCCUUGGUUACAUUGGUGGACUGAAGCUGGUGUCUCAGGAAAUUCACUGUGUUCCUUCUGUGCCAGUAGUUUUGUCUUAAGCUCAUACCUAAGUUGACCUCAGUAUUUUCAGUAUUGUAUAGACCCUCGCCAGCUGUUUUGACCAAGUGUUCAAGGUCUGUAGAUCACAUCAGGAUGUUUGACUGAGGAACUGAAAAUGGGCAGUGACCAACUGAAGUUCCAAAAACCAUCUCAUAAGCCAAGCCAGCUGGAAUCUGUGUUUCACUAUUUGUCUAGUGUGGGGUCCAUUGUAUCAUUUAUUAUCUUUAAUUUGAGAAUAGUCAAUGACAGUGGUAAGGGUAAGGGGACACCCUGAAGCAUUAUACAGUACCUGGCUCCAGCUCAAAGACCUAGUAUGCCACUGUCUGCCUUACAGCCUCAUGCCUCUAAAGCCUUGCAAAUCAACUGAGUUAAGGCAGUUCCUAUCUAACUGCUCCAUGAUACUGUUUUAUUUAUAUAUAUAUAUAUAAAUAAAAUAUGUGCUGUGGUAUAUUCUGUGUAACUACAUAACCUGUUGGAACAAUGUUUUUGAAAUGCUACUUGGAAAAGCAAGCCUAAUAUUGGCCUCAGUUAUCCCAGGUCCAAGGCAGUGAGAGAGCAUUGGGAUCAGUAAGAAUCUUAUGCUGUUCACCACAUUCAGAUUUGUUCAGACAAAUGAAGGACAGCGAUGUUUUCCAGCCUCACAACUCUGAAUUGUUCUGAGACAGAGUGUCUAAUCUGCAAGCGUGACAGAUGGUUCCUUGAAUUGAUGGACAUUUCAACCCUUCAAACUUUCCACAGUAGAGGAAGUGGACUGAAAAUCUGUUUUUGAAGAGUUGAAGUUGAAUUUGAGGAGGAAUUCCAUUGUUAAGGCUAAGCAAGGCCAUACCUGUAUUUCUGGUGACUUUUCUCACUAAUCCAGGAGGCUUUAUGCUCACUAUUUCUUUGCUGUUAUCAGUAAGCCAAAUAUUAUUGUGUGCCUUCACUUUUGAAGGUUUUUGUAUUUUAGAUGUCUGGCAUUCACUGCGUGACUUCACUUCAAGGUUCUUUCCUCUUUUUUCCUGGCUGCAUUGUUAAAGAUAUGUUUGUACCAACCAUGGGUAAGUGAUGUUGCGCCAUCUGUGAAAUGUCUCUGAGCAAGGCCUUCAAGUUAUGUACUUCUGUCUGAACACACUGCGAGUCUGUCAGUAAAGAGCUGAGAUCUUGCAGCGUAUAAAAUGUCAAUUGAAUGAUUCAUGGUUACUCGGUCCACAAGAUUACUUUACUCAGAACAGUAAGAGCAUGCGUGAAAUCUGCUUCUGCUAAUGAGAAAUGAUCUUUGCUGUUAAACUAGCUUUUCUCCAGAUUAUUUGUUUGUAAAGAUUGGAUGAGGGAUAAAUAUUAGCCUGGUCUGCAGAUGUUUCUUACUGCAUACAAUGAAUUCUAAUGUUCAGUGUUUCCAGAAAGGUUGGCAUUAUUAAGUAAAAAGAAGAAAAGCUAUAUAGUACUGUGGACAAUUCUUUGGUAUAUUUAUAUAUCGCCAGGGUUUCUGAGACUUUUGCACAGUACUGUAGUAAUUUUAUGUAUCACACUGUACUGCUAUCGGGGGAAAAAACACAAAUUUCAUGGUGUAUGUGAGUGAUGAUAAACCUGAUUCUGAUAUGGGUCUCUAUUGUGGACUGAGAGUGGGAAGGGGGCAGGGAGAGGGGAAUCAUAGAUGGGGAAAGGGGAAGGGAGAGGGGAGGGAGCGGGAAGCACCAGAGAGACAUUCUGUAAUGAUCAAUAAACCAAUUGUUUGGAAUCAAUUGACCUCGUCUGGUGUCUCAGGGCUGGGUGUGUCUGCACCCAUGCCACCUCCUGCCCCUGGCACUCCUUCUCUGCCACCUGUCCCACACCCCUCCCGCGGUGCCCCACACUCUCCAUACCCAACAUUCUUUGCUCCCGCCAGAUUUACAAACUCACUCUCCGUGCCACGUUGACAAAUACAGUUCUAUGCAAAACUCUUAGGCACACUCGACUUGUGUGGCUAAGGCUUUUGCACAGUACUGUAGCUCUGAUUGUUCAGUUUUAGGGAACUGUUCUUGUGCCAUGUGGAGGUUGAUAUCAACAGAUUUCCUUGUAAGUUUUUCUCGAAUACCCCUAAAUAUAGCCCAGCCCCCACCACCUGGGUCCAUCUGCCUAUGACCCACACACCACACCUUCUCGUUCUCCUGUGCCCUCCCUUCAUAGUUCCAUCUGCCCAUCUCUUCCUUAACUCGUCACCAGCCUUUCUAUCUCCACUUAUCACCUUCCAGCCUAGCCUCUACCUCCACCCUCCCCACAGCCAGCUGGCUCCAUCUGACCCUUUUUUAAUAACUUUUUAAACCUGUUUCUACCUCAUCUCCCAACUUCACCUUUCCUCCCUCUCCACUUGGCUCCAUCUGCCUCUUAUCUCCCUGGUUUGCUUAUCACCCGCCAGACCCUGCAUCAUCUCUCCCUCUUACCCCAUUAUCUCCCCUCCACAUUCUCUGUCCUGACUUAUAACAUUGGCAGUUCCAUUAACUCCACAGUUGCUGUUUGACCCACCUAAUUUCUCUAGCAGUUUUUUUUUGCACCAAAUCCUAGUUUGGUCAAACUAGGCUCAAGUAGAGUAAGGCUGAGAUUGGUGCUCAAGAGGCAUACAGGGCAAAAAGUCUCCUGAGAGAUGUAAUUUAAAGAAAACCAUCUCCAACUAGGCUCAAGAUUAAACAUAAUGGUCAUAGAUGAAAGGCAGUUCAUGAUUUGUCUACUUUCUGUAGGUGUUUAAGGUGACUGAGCUCUCGAUUCAGAAAUGCGUGGGUUAGUGUGAGAUUUCAGAUGAUUAAAGUCUGAGUAGAAACCCAAGUCUGAGAACAGUUUUUGUUAGUUGACUACAGUCAAGUUUGGCACCUUGUGAUGCAAGCCGCCUCACUGAGCAGAGUGCAGCUAUUCUGCACAGACUGGGGGUAUGAGCAGAGCAUUGGUAUGUGAUAAUAUUUUUGCAAGGGUCCAGAAUGCAUAGGAAGAUCUCAUCACAUAUUUUGUAUUGUGUAAAUCCAGAAGUACAAAUCAUUGCUUCAGACGUGCUGUCAUCAAUAUUAUACUGUCAAAGGUUCCAUUGGCUCUGACUUUUGCAAUCUAGGCCAAAAGCUUCAACACAAUAAAUGAUUACUUAAUGCAGGUUUAAAGUCUAAAAUAGUAGAUAUAAUAAAAGAUGUUUUAUGUAUUUUGUUUAAAACUUAUUUUUUAGCUUUUUUUUAAAAAUAAUUUAUAUUUUUUAAAAGAACAAAAAGCAAAGGAAGCUGGUGCUUUGAAAACUAAAGUAGCUUAGUGAUGUAGCGAUCUCAUUGGAGCAGAGUGAAGAUUCCUGUAAAUGUAGUUGCUGAUGCUGGCACAUCAUGUUGCUGGAGAGAUUUUAUAUGACUGUACUCUUACUGCAGUUUAAUUCUGUUUCAAAUUGUGGUGAUGGUUCAUUAAAUAAAGAGCUGUGAAACGUGGAUUAUUUUCGACUCCAAUGUAAUACCAGUGCCAAAAUUAUUCACAGAUUUUUACAUCAAACAUGUUAGAAUCUACCUCUUGUAGCUCCAGACCAAAAUCUGCCCUCUGUGGCCUUGGUAUCUUAGUGCCUCCAUAUCCAUUUGAGAUGGAACGUAAAACAUUAUGAUUUUAUGAAGUUUAAGAGUUAUUUCAAUAAAAAAGUGCUUAUUCUUUAAA